CAGCCUCUCUCUCUCCCUCUGUCAGUCUCUCAGUCUCUGUGCGCAGGCGCAUUUCGGAGCUUGUUGUCUGGCUGUUACCGGAUCGACGGGACGACGUCCUACUGAGAAACCAGAGCGCGCGUGUGCGCGACAGCUGUGUGCGCGUGUACACGGAGUGUCUCUGAAGUCGUGGCUCUCGGUGCGCGUGCAGGAGGUGUAAAAUGUGCGCUGAGCGCUUCAUCCCGCUGACAGCGCUCCUCUUCAUCAGCGUGGCGCUGCCAGCUGUGCGCUGUCAGGGGAUGACCGAGCCUGAUCAGAGUCUUCUUGGCAGCGGGAACGGUGGGAUCACCGUGGGAGGCCUCAAGUCCGUCCUGGAAGACGCCAUCUCCCCGGCCUUUGGCGCCACCAUCAUCAUCAUCAUCACGGUGAUCAUGUCCGGCAGUGCGUACCUCUGCUUCCUCAAGUACAUCUGCAACGGCUGCUGCAAGCCCAUGCAGGUGGUACCGGCCGCUGACGUGGACCCCAACAAGGUGGAGGAGCAGGUGUAGGUGAUGGAGUCGGUCCCCGUGCUCGAUUCAGGCCGUCGAGUUUUUCUGUCUGAAACGUUGUUUUCAGUUUCCUGCAGCUGGAUGGAUCAGAGGCCUCUGCAGGCGAGACGUGAAGCUCAGCACAGGCUGGAGAAACCAGCCAAUCAGUGAACACUAACAUGGUGCAACCACCUGCCAGACGCGUCACAAAAUCAAAGACCUUACUUCAGUGGUUUGUUGGAUCUCUGUGUUUGUGUUCAGUGGAGCUCCGUGUGCUGACAUGUUCAUGGAGCGUCAGCAGGUAAAAAUACGAGGCUGCAGUUUCUGUGAGGAUCUUCAGGAACUGUUCUCCAGGCUUCCUGAAGGACAGUCAAAGCUCUUCUUUGGAUGUUUCUGCCUUUGCUUGUGUUCUCUGUCAGGAUGAUCCCACACUGCUUCAGUGGAGCUGAGCUCUGAGGAGGCGCAUCCAUCACUGAUGUGUGCUUUGUGUUUGGCAUCACUAUGAUGCUGAAAAAUGAAGCUGCUGCCAGUCAGAUGUUUCCAGAUGUUCCUGCGUGGUGGAUCAGACUCUGUAAUUCAUCAGUUUAUCAAAGAACCUGAAACCAUGACACAGCCUCCACCGUGCUUCACAGAUGGCUGCAGACUCUCACUGCUGGACCUCCUCCUGACCUCCUCGUACACACUGACCAUGAUGUGGAUCCAUCUCUCCAUCACACCUGUUCCUCUGACCUUCAGUCCAGUUCUGGUGUCAUUUUCAGCCUCAGGUUACUUUAUUUCUACAUGGAGGUAGCUUUGUUCUGCAGCUGUGAAUCCUCACAUACACACUCUCAGUACAGCUACACACAAACACAACGUUCAUUCGUCCGUCUCAGUAACGGCGGCUACAACAAAGCCAUUUUUAAACGUGCUGUUUUACGUUUUGGGACCAGAAGGAAAAACUGAAACGGACCAGCUGCACCUGCCUGCUGUGGUUCCUCUGUCGGCCCGUUGGACUGAGUUUCUUUUCUUUACCGAUAAAUAUCCAAACUGUGACACCAAAGAAAAAUGACAGGGUGAUAAAAUAAACCAUCAUGGUUUUGUCAACAUGGAAGCGAGAAAGCUGUGCGAGACAUGAGCGUGGCUGGUGGGCGUUAAGCUCCACAGUCUGACCUGUAAUAAGACUGACUUCAUGUGUGCGAGUGCUUUUCCUAAAGUCACGAGUCGUAUCUUUAGACGUAGCUAUGCUCGGCUGCAGACAGGACACCUCAGCAAGUACUGAGUCAUGGCUGCUACGUGCUGUGGCUGGAAAGAAACACAGCAGAUUUCCAUGAGACUUACUGCUUCUUACGGAGCAGAAGGCUUUUCCACGUGACCCCCGCUCGAUGCCAAUGUGCUCGUUAUGUUUGCGGCUGAAUGAACUGAACAUCAGCUGGCUCACAGUCUGGAUGCUGCUGUGGUUCUCACUCUGGACCAGGCUUGGUGUUCCUCAGCAGCACGGCGAGGUCAGACGGCGUACGUGUUUAAAAACAGGAUUCCUACAGAUUCGGUCACUCAUGGUUUAAUCUUAGGAUGAGCUCUAACUCACCUGGAAGGAAUAAUCGUGUCUUUUCAAAACACAGAAUAAGAACACAUCAGCAAGCGUCCACAUCAUCCCCACAAGUCUCUGUGAACAUGUCCCCACUGUGUGCUGCGUAAGUGAGCAGUGAGUGCACACAGCUGUGAUCUGGACUCAUCUGUUUGCCUUCAGUAAGGAUGUCUUCCUCACAGACGUCCUUACUCAGAGCAUUUCUGAGGAGGCUUCAGUGAACAGCAGAUGAUCAGCUGAAGGUCCUCCUUGUUUACCUGCUGUGGAUGGGCUGGUUCUGUGUUCAUGUCUGUUAUGUGUUGACACGGCUCUGGUUCAUCUUUUUGUUAGGAGCCUUUGAUGCUUGAAUGAGUUGUAGGUCAGAGUUCAGACCCUUAAUAAAAAACCUUCCUCGGGUACAAAGACUGGACUGAACCUGAGUGUAAGAGCAGCCAGUGUCCAAAGAAGACCUUUUACAGACCUUCAGGGGGGUGUGGAUCAAAGGUGUGCUCAGGUGAGUCCAGCUCUGCUCCUGUGCUGGACCGUUUGUCUCUGGGUCCCGGUGAUUCUGCUGCUCAGUCGCCAUCAGACUCACAAAAGCGCCGAGUGUCGGCUCUGCAGCUCCACAGCACAGAAACAGGCGUUUCUUUGUGUCUGCAGGUCAAAGGUCGCGGUUCUGCUGAAGUGGAGUCGAAGCUCCACACAGGUUGCCCCUCUGGGAGUCGUGUCACGUAGACACGGAGCGGCGAGGACUGCAGGACUGGAGCUGCUGGUCCAAACCUCAAACGUCCACAUGACGCACCAAAGAGCGUCUGUGAGCGCAGACGGGGUUUCCUCUGCAGUGAGGCGCACCGCAGGGUUUAAAUACAGCUUCUGUUCAGGUGAGCUGCCCAGAGUGUUUCUGUUUCUGUGGUGAAGUUUCUGUGCGAACGCUCUCACCAGGCUCUCUUGAUUUCCUCUGUCAGCGCUGCAGAGGCGCCUCGUUGGCCACGGCGGCGUGGAGAAAAGAGGACAGUCUAAAACAGCUGCGAGAGCUUCACCACAUCCUUCUCACCGCAGCUGCAGCUCUGAGCGCCGCUUUCUCACAGUAAACAGAGUCUGAGGCGAGUCUGCAGAGGAUCUCUGACUGAACCUGAGCGUCACCUCUUUGUCCUCUGAGGUCGACUGACACCGAUACAUCACUGGAGGACACUGACCA